GCGAGGAUCAAAUCCGAUUUUCAGCAAGUGACCUGGUAAGGUCGCGGUCGGUCCGAAAGUGAAAAGUAGUUUGCAUCCUUCCAGCUCCAGUAGCGCCGCAUCAGUAAACCUGAGAGCCGAACACCGCCAGCAGGGCCUCCGCACGUCGAAACGACUGGACAUUUGAACAAAAUGUUACGAACAAUCAUCGUCCGAAACGAGAAUCUCCUGCUGCAGGGAUCGGUCCGAAAGAUACUGAAGGGUAACGCGGUUCGCGCCCUCAGUAGCGAGUGUACCAAACGGUCGGCGGCCAGUCAUCGCAGCAAGUCACAUCUGUCAGCCGGCAACAAUCUCAAACCGGUAGCAUGGAGGGUGAGUUUCGUGCGAGGAUACUGCAGCGGUUUUCCGGCACACUCCAAGGUCCUGCUGCCGGCCCUUUCGCCGACGAUGGAGCUGGGCACGAUCGUCAGCUGGGAGAAGAAGGAAGGCGACAAGCUCAAUGAAGGUGAUUUGCUGGCGGAAAUCGAAACCGAUAAGGCCACGAUGGGCUUUGAAACACCGGAGGAAGGUUACUUGGCCAAAAUUCUUGUUCAGGCGGGACAAAAGGACGUACCGAUCGGCAAGCUGGUGUGUAUUAUUGUGGAAAAUGAGGCCGAUGUGGCCGCUUUCAAAGACUUCAAGGACACGGGCGCUGGACCGGCCAAAGCGGCCGCUGCGGCACCGGCCCCAGCCGCACCGGCUGCAGCUCCGCCAGCACCAACACCGCCGCCGGUGGCUGCUGCGCAUCCGUCGCCACCACCUCCGCCAGUUUCGGCCGCGCCCAUGACUGCCGUCGAACAGCGGGGCCCGCGUGUCUACGCCAGCCCUAUGGCAAAAAAGCUUGCCGAACAGCAACGGCUUCGAUUGGAAGGCAAAGGUUCCGGGCUGUUUGGGUCACUAACGUCUAAGGAUCUUGCAGGUAUGCAGGCGGCCGGAGCAGGCCCUGCUGCGGGAGCGGUUGGAGCAGCACCAACGAUUCCGGCCGGUGCAGCGUUCAUCGAUAUUCCGGUGUCGAACAUUCGCGGGGUCAUUGCGAAGCGUUUGCUUGAAUCAAAGACCACCAUUCCGCACUACUAUCUCACGGUGGACGUAAACAUGGAUGCGGUCUCGAAGCUACGCGCCCGGUUCAAUAAGCAGCUCGAGAAGGAGGGCGUCAAGCUGUCGAUCAACGAUUUCAUCAUCAAGGCCGCGGCCAUGGCCUGCAAAAAGGUGCCGGAAGCCAACUCGGCGUGGAUGGACACCGUUAUCCGACAGUUCGAUGCGGUCGACGUGUCGGUUGCCGUGUCGACCGACCGUGGACUCAUCACACCGAUCGUGUUCUCGGCCGAUCGCAAGGGCAUUGCCGAUAUUAGCAAGGACGUGAAGAAUUUGGCGGCGAAGGCGCGCGAUGGCAAACUGCAACCGCAAGAGUUCCAGGGUGGAACGUUCAGCGUGUCGAACCUGGGCAUGUUCGGGGUAACCCAUUUCUGCGCCAUCAUCAACCCACCGCAAUCGUGCAUUCUGGCCGUGGGUGGCACCCAGAAGCGCAUCGUACCUGACAAGGACUCGGAAGCCGGAUUCAAGGAAAGUGACUACGUGUCGGUGACACUCAGCUGUGACCACCGUACUGUGGAUGGUGCCGUCGGAGCCCGCUGGUUGCAGUACUUCCGCAAGUUUUUGGAGGACCCUAAUUCGAUGCUGUUGUAAAGUGUUGAUCAAUCAACAACCACCCCUAAUGGCCGGCCAUGCCUUACAACUGGGACACACACAAAAUCGUAACAAGGGACAGGAAACGCAAUCGCGUAUGAUGGAUAGAUAAAUUCAACUAGUUCACCCGUGUCAUGUACAGUCAGUGUAGCGCCAAACGAGUCCAUUUCACCCCUUCAGCGCUCUCCCGAACGAUCCUAGGUCGAAUGGUUUGUUCUUCCAACAUAUUGUCGGUGAACGUAAACUGCCCAGUUCGCUGCACUACUUGUCGAGAGUCUAGCGUAGCCACCGUUGUAACAAAGUUAGUAAAUAGCUUCCGCAUUGAAAUGGGCCCUUCUGAAAGACGUGUCGUCAGCACCUGAAGGGCCAAUUUUACACACUCAACCUGUUCAUAGUGUUAGGCAUUAGGGAGUACUGGAGAGAGAAGCCCCCUGUACAAUAGGACACCAAACGGUUCGCACAGAACACACCUUAGGCGAGUGGAAGUGAAGGAUGAACAAACGAAGGGCGCAGUGAAGCCACUGCCCGUAAUCCGUCACCAUUUAGUUACCCGGGAGUGGUGAAAUGAAGAAUCUACCCUAAAUGAGAACAGUUAGUCAUUAUCGAAUUUUCCCUGAAAAAAAAAAACAAAAUCAAACGUCACAUGUGAAUUGGAAAUAUCGCUAGAGAACAACAGACAAA